AUGCAACUCUUACUCGAUAAGAUCCCGCACGGCGACUCAAAGCUGAACGAGGUGGACAAUGAGGGACAAGCUCCUCUCAGUAUCGCUACUCGUGCGAUUAGCAUCAGUUUGGACAACAGCAUUAUUGGAUUGGAGCACGCUGGUGAGAUCGAACAAUACCCCACAAUGUGGAUUCAUGUUCCAAUCACUUCCGCUGUGGCAAGGAAGAUUGAUGAAAAGCGCAAUGAGAAAGAAUUCAACUAUUCUGAAUAUGCAUUUACGCGCUUCAUGUCCUCUAGUUUUCUCACCCCCACUAUCGUCCCCAGUAACCCACUCCUGAGCUAUCAGGACAUCAUUUACGACAGCUCUGUUGUUCGAUCAUCUGGAUUUCGCAAAGACUAUGAAGAAACGACUGUUAUCGUGGGAGAGUUUUCCGCGAAAGACGUGUGCAUGGAUGUCUAA